AAAGCGAGUGUGCGAGUGAGUGAGAGAGACAGAAACAGAGCGGGGCACGCGCGGGCGCGCACACACACCCGAGUACUUUAGUUAUAUUGUUGGGUGAGUUUGCAACAACUCCCUCCGUCUCGGCUUCGCGCGGACCCCGUGGGAGCGGAAUUUUUGACUCGCCUCUCGCUGGGACUUUCUUGGUGGCGUUUUCCUAUCUAGACCUAGAGAUAGUCACCUUCAUCUUUUUUUAUUUUUCUUCCAAGUUGGGGUGGUGGACUAGAGGAGGAACAGGAAAGAGAGGGGGCAAAGGGGGGAGACCCCCCCGAAAUCAACAAAUUAAUCUCCAAACAGCCAACCUUUGCACAAGUAAUUCUUGCGGAGAGAGGGGGCAGAAAAAAAAAUCACUUAAAUCUGCCUCCUAAAAAAAACAAACCCUUCUUCCGGCUUUGAUUUUUUUUUGGUCCUGUGCGGUUUCUUCUUCUUUCUUUGCUCCCCUUCCUUUUUUAAUUAAAAAGAAAAAAGAAAUUCCUCCACCGAUCGUUCUCCUACAAAUCGCUUUUGGCAUGAGUUAAACCAGCAGCGAUGGACACCAAGCAUUUUCUUCCAUUGGACAUGUGUGUGCGUGCGUGUGUAUCCAAUGGCAGCUUUGGCGUUUUUGAUUUCUCCAGCCCAGUCAAUUCCACCUCCUUAAGCUCUCCGAACAGCAGAGGGCCUAUGACUGCACCGUCUCUCCAUCCAUCGAUGGCCACUGGCAUUGGUGGCUCUUUGGGGUCCCCUGGCCAGCUCCACUCACCCAUCAGCACCCUCAGCUCACCAAUCAACGGCAUGGGGCCACCGUUCUCAGUCAUCAGCUCCCCAAUGGGGGCUCACCCCAUGUCUGGACCCUCCACCCCUGGCCUUGGAUUUGGAACCAGCAGCCCUCAGCUCAAUUCUCCAAUGAAUCCUGUUAGCAGCACAGAAGAUAUCAAGCCCCCGUUGGGGAUCAACGGGGUCCUCAAAGUUCCAGUGCACCCAUCAUCCGCCAUGGCCUCCUUCACCAAGCACAUAUGUGCCAUUUGUGGAGACAGAUCUUCAGGUAAACAUUAUGGGGUGUACAGUUGUGAGGGCUGCAAAGGCUUCUUCAAGAGGACGGUGAGGAAGGACCUGACGUACACCUGCCGGGACAAUAAGGACUGCUUAAUCGACAAGCGGCAGCGGAACCGGUGUCAGUACUGCCGGUACCAAAAGUGUCUUGCGAUGGGCAUGAAGCGGGAAGGGAUGGAGCACCAUCCAUCCCGGCCCACAAGACUCCCUGGAAGGCAGGAAGAACAAGCUGUCCAAGAGGAGAGGCAGCGUGGGAAGGACCGUAAUGAGAAUGAGGUUGAAUCUACGAGCAACGCUAAUGAGGACAUGCCCGUGGAGAAAAUUCUAGAAGCCGAACUUGCCGUUGAGCCAAAGACAGAGACAUACAUUGAGGCGAACAUGGGCUUGACCCCCAAUUCGCCCAAUGACCCGGUCACCAACAUCUGCCAAGCGGCAGACAAGCAACUUUUUACAUUGGUGGAAUGGGCCAAAAGGAUCCCACACUUCUCAGAACUGCCGCUAGACGACCAAGUGAUCUUGCUCAGGGCUGGUUGGAAUGAGUUGCUCAUUGCCUCCUUCUCACACCGGUCCAUAGCUGUGAAAGAUGGGAUCCUCCUUGCCACAGGUCUCCACGUCCAUCGGAACAGUGCUCACAGUGCAGGCGUUGGUGCCAUCUUUGACAGAGUAUUGACAGAACUCGUAUCAAAAAUGAGAGAUAUGCAGAUGGAUAAAACAGAACUGGGGUGUCUCCGAGCCAUUGUCCUCUUCAACCCUGACUCAAAAGGGCUUUCCAAUCCUGCUGAAGUUGAGGCUCUGCGCGAGAAAGUGUAUGCGUCACUUGAGGCCUACUGUAAACAGAAAUACCCUGACCAGCCCGGGAGGUUCGCCAAGCUUUUGCUCCGCCUCCCUGCCCUGCGGUCCAUUGGCCUCAAAUGCCUGGAGCACCUCUUCUUCUUCAAGCUAAUAGGGGACACGCCCAUCGACACCUUCCUGAUGGAGAUGCUCGAGGCUCCCCACCAAAUGACUUAAGGAAGGCAGAGGGGGUUGGUCCCAUUUCUUCUCCUGCCCGGCGGGCUCCCUGAUGCCACCACCACCACGCCUCCCCUUCUACUGCCAACGUGUGCCCCCCGUAUCCCCCUGGCAUGUGCGAGAGGCAGACUACCCUUUUCCUUCUGUGACACCGUUGACUCAGCCCUUCAGCCGUUUCUCUUGCUCUCUCUGUGCGUCUCGGGGAUCUGACAAUAGCCGUUUGCUGUGCCUCUCACAACUGCAGAGGCAAAAAUGGUUGUUGUUGUUUUUCGAAUGUGCAAAAAUGCACCCCCCCACCGCUGUUCACUCUCCACCAGCACUGUUUCCACAGGCCUAGGUGGAUUGCAAAGCAACCUGUAAAUCUGAGCCCACCCCCUGCCUCGCACAAACUUAUCUGCCUCACAUGUGUGGUUUUGGUUGUCAGCGCCCCCAACACACAGACACACACACACACUUGUUGCCGUGUGUGUGGAUUUAAUUUGCUUCGUUGCAGACAGACAUUUUGGAGAAUGGAAGCCUUUGCAGGGGUUGGGGUCCCCUUGGGGGUCCCUUCAAACUCCAUGAAUCCUAUUAUUUGUUGUUUUACCUGCCACCAAGCUGCAACAAAAGAAAGAAAAAAAAUUGCUCUCUUAGCGUCUCAAAAGGGAAAUGUGGUCCAGGUUUUCUAGCACUGGGCUGGAUGGGCUUUGCACCAGUGACUCAGGUGGGAAGACAUGUGCUAAGAAUUAAGGAACAGGGUGCCCACCUUGUGCAUAUGCUCAGCCCAGCGGUUUGUAAGCAGCACCAGAACCAAGGUCACAAGUACUUUCACAUAAAACCCCACUUCUCAUCACCACACCUUUCCAGUGUCCUAAUUUAGAUGGGGUGAUGAUACUUUCAGUUGUUAAGGCCUCCGGGUGUCAAAAACUCUUGCCAGUUUACUGCAAAUUUGGUGAUUUUUUUUUUAAGAGAGCAAGUUUCUAGUCCUUAAAGUUUCAAAUCCAAUUGCCUGUCUGCAGAUCCUGAGCUACCUUUUGCCCGACCUUGUUCUGAAGCCACCUGUAAAUUGUGUGGGAAGGGUUAUUGAUUUGGGCUGUAUAGCACAGGUCACUCUUGUUCUGUGCAUGAUGUGUGUGUGUGUGUGUGUGUGUGUGUGUGUGUGUGUCGCCAUGUUCUUUGCUUUUCGUCCAAAGAUGACUUUCUCUUGGUAACUGAGUGAGCCGCUCAAACUGCAAAACCAGCCGAAGUGCACAAAGGCUGCUUUAAAGCUGUGGCAGUCAAAGCUGCAAGUCCUCUAAGCACUUUCCCCUUGUCUGUUUUCAGUGGGAUCCCCCGACCCAAUUCCCUUAAAAAACACAAAACACACACCUCUGUUAAUAUCAGCACUCUGUGUUGCCGCUUUUUAAAACUGGCCUUGAUAACCCAGCAGUGUUCAAGUGCAUCAAGCAGUCCUUGGCAGGCAGGCAGGCAGGCAGGCAGACGCUGAACCCUAGGUGGGCAAUUUUAAUAACACCAAGUCCUUAGGGUUUCAAACACCUGCUUGGAAUCGUGUCUCAGGGAACACAAUGCUGGGCUACAUUCCCAGCAAUUUUGUAGAGGGAAGUGGCAAUUAUUAGCAAGUUUGGUCCAGGCCAAGAGUGAAUUGUGUAAGAUGGCUCAGACCCAGGAGGUUCCCUGAGAUGUUUAUUUGCAUAUAUAUGCGCCUUGCAUGUUCUAUAAAUAUUCUGCAACACUCAGCAGGCCCUGUUGCCAGUUUAAGCUGGUCCUUAAAUAGAUGCCUUCUGAUAUCACUGCAUCCUGGUUAUUCUUUUCCUCUUCUUCACCAAAAUCCUUUCUUGUUCUCUCUCCCUGCUUUCCUUUAUGUCUCUGCCACCCAUUCUCCCAUCCAUCCUUCCAUGCUCCCAAGAGUCUGCCCUAGGAUUUCAGGAGAUAUAUUUGCAAAAAAACAAACAAAAAAACCCCGCUGCCGCCAAAAAAGUGGCCGAUUGCAGCAGGCAAGAUGGGAGGGGAGAGGAUCCUUGGAAAAGCCACCUCAACCAAUUCCCCCCUUGGAAACCUUUGCCAACAAAACACUCAUUCCAGAGGGUAUCAAAUAGAAAAGAAAUGUGUUCCUUGGAACAUAACAUCAUUCAGUUCCCUUGCGGUCUUGGUAGCUGACUGCCUUCCUAUCCUGCUCUGUCUUGCGAGCUCAGUCAGUGAGCCUGAGCAACAUCCUUUAACACCUGCCCUCUGAUUUGCUUUCUGGCAGCUGAAUCUCAGGGUCAGGUCUGAAGAAUCUAAUGUCCAAACUCUUUGAGAGCAAAAUUAGAAAAAAGAGGGACACUUUAUUUGGAGUUCUAAUCCUCCAACACACACCUGAGUUUUAUUUUGGCUCAGGUUAUUUGUGAGAAUCUUUCCACUGCAUCCGAUUUGGUCUUUGCUGUUCACUGGAGUAUAUUAGGGUCUGCCUUCCCUGAUCCAGCUCUUGAUUGUGAGUACCAGUGUGGAGAGCCAUAGGGCAGUUUCUGAAUCUUCAAGCAGUCUGCACCAGAAGAAGGCCACUUGCAUCUUACAGUUUGGGACCAGCACCUGCAUUUUCAAUCAUGGCAAAGGUCAUGCCCAAAGCCCUGCAGAGGUUGUACCCUUGACCCCUGCAGCCUUGAAGCAAAGGGCGUUCGUGUGCUUGUUCACACAUUACGGUACCUGCAUUCAGCAUACAAGCUGUAUGAGUGUCCCUGUGUGAAAGAGUGCGUAGUUUGUUGGUCUGUCCAGCUCAACUGCUGCAUAAACAUACUGUACACUCAAGCGAACUCUGCGUGUGAAUAAUGUUACCGGUGUAUCUGUAUGCAGAGCCGUAUCCAACCAGUGAGUUCUAUCAGCACCAGGAUUUCUGCUCAGGCAACAAGACUUCACCCCCACUCUCCCCAAAUGCGCUUCAGGAGGUUGGGGGAUCCCCUAAAACAGAUUUAGUGGCACAAAGGGGGGGAGGAGAGUGGGAAAAGCCUCAUUACACAGGUGGAAAUUCUUGCACCAAUGGGACAGGUUACUCAGCGCAACUUUGGAAACAGCCCAGAGAUUGUGCACUUGUGGAACAUAAUGUGCAGACAUACCUGAUGACUCCUUUGUUUGCAUUUGCCUUCAAAGUUUGGGGCUUUUAUGAGGUUCUUCUAGCAUAAUGACGGGACCCUACAGGGGACCCACCUUUCUCACCCGCCUCAUUUCGUAUUAGUUGAGGAUUUUGCCACAUGUCAAAGUCAUCUGUAAGGAGUCAGAAAUCAUUGCCAGUGAGGUAAUGCUUGAUUUCUAAAGGAAAAUCUGAAGGGAAGACCGUAAUAAAGAGCCUUUGGAGACACUAAUCAGAUGGCAUCCACUGAUGCCCAGGGCAGGGGUCAACACUGCACUUUUCACUCCCCGCUUAAUGGGGAGGCGUGAGGUUCACUUAUCCAGAAGCAUCCAUCUUUAAAGUAGACAGUGCCUUCCUUGAAGUGAUGGGUACUAGUGCGAAGUGGAAGGUUCCAAGCAACAGAGGGAAUGGUUUCAUUAAGCAUCACUGUGUCCCAUAGCCUUCUGGUGUAUGGGACUUGCAGGAGACAGCUAGGGGUUGUCAUCUCUAGCUAAGUUCUACCCAGCAUAGGCCCAUUAUUUUCAGUGGGUCAGCUCUGAGUCGGCCUGAGAUUGCAUACAGCCCUGCCCUCCUAGAGCAGUGGUUCCUAAACUUGGGGGGGGGUCCUGCCCCCUGGGUUCCAUUAACUCAGGCACCCCCAAACUUCGGCCCCCAGAUGUUUUGGACUAUAAUUCCCAUCUUCCCCAGCCACUGGUCCUGUUAGCUAGGGAUCAUGGGAGUUGUAGGCCAAAACAUCUGGAGGGCCGCAGUUUGGGGGUGCCUGCAUUAACUCAACCCUAGUGAGUAAAGCAUUAUUCAGAAUAGCAGUUUGCCCAACUCACUAAGUAAGGUAAUAAAAGACUAAAAUUCAAAACAAUAGCAAUUAGUUGCAGAUUUAUUAAAUAUAUAUGCAAAAGUGAAUAUAUGCUCUGAUCUAAUCUGGUAUCACACACACACACACACACACACACACACACACACACACACACACUAUACACACACACACUAUACACACACAGAGCAAAGAAUAUUGCAUGAGAAAUAUUUUCUACACAUUCUUACUAAUGAAAACUUUAAGGGUGAAGGAGAUUUAUAUCAUAAAAUAUUUAUAUAUAACGACUUACCAAACAUGCUCAAACCUUCACCUGCUGCAGAUAACUGAUUUAUAAGAAAAGAAAUAGCUAUUACCAAUAACUGUGACAAGUCAGAAUCAUAAAGACAAACAAAACACAACCAAAGGAAAUAGCUUUGAAAGUUAUAACAGCAGAAAGUUUUAAAUGAGAAGUGAAGAGGGGGUUUCACGCCCCUGGCUCUUAGCAUCCUAGGGAAUCUCACGUUUGGAACUGCUGAUCCAGAGCAUGUGAAAAAAGCAAAGUCUUCUACACAUUUCUUCUGACAAAAAGCUCCGUGCUGUGAAGACAGUGGGCCUCCCCUUCAUUGGAGAUUUUUAAACAAGAGGUUAGAUGGCCAUCUGUCAGGGGUUAGUUAAAAUGUGGUUCCUGCAUUAUAGGGGGUUGGAUCAGACGACUCUUCAGCAGGCUUCCUCAACCUUAACCCGCCAGAUGUUUUUGGUCUACAACUUCCAUGAUCCCUAGCUAGCAGGACCAGUGGUUAGGGAUGCCAGGAAUUGUAGUCUCAAAACAUCUGGAGGGCCGAGGUUGAGGAAGCCUGCUCUUGGGGGGGCCCCUCCCAACUUUGCAAAUUUUAUGUGACCUUUUAUGGGAUAUACUCCUGCUUAAUAAAGCCCCUUUCCUCAUUCCGUCUGCUGGGAUCCUUCACCUUGCAGUUCUGGGGGAGCCCAAAGUUGCCCUGAACUUGUUUUGGUAUAGCCACAAACAGAGGGUCUAAUAUUUCCCUCUGGCUGUGUUCCAUCCGGGCACCUGAGGACACCCCGUUUCCCCAGGACAGGUGGACAGGCUGGUGAUAUCCCCACGUCUAGAAUAAGAUUGCAUGAUUCUCUUUUUUUUAAGUUGAUACAUAUGCGUGUUUAUGCACGUGUGUUUUGUAGAUAUAUACACUGUAUAAAUACCCCCCAUUCAAAUAUACAUAUGUUAUACCCACUUCUUAGUGUUACCAAUGUGUCCUCAGAUCUCUCUCUUUUUUUUUAAUGAAACUUUCUUGUAUUUUCUUCAAGUUUUUAAAGAAAAUUUGCUUUGUGGGAGCAAGUGGGAUUUUACGUGGGAACCUUCCACCCACCCUUCCCUGCCCCGUUCCUGCUGCCACACAACUUGGUGGUCACUAAUACUGGAUCUUUGAAAAGGGAAGAAAAACACUGCAUCUAUUUUAAGAUGCUUUUUUUUAAGAGGGGGGGAGGUUACUGGGGGAGGUCGGCAGCAGCAACAGGUGUCUUGAACAAUAGCUCAAUGAGUUCUCAUCAGUUGGGACAUGGAUGCCUUCACUAAGGAGUGCAUAACUUUUUUAAAAAAAGUUUAGAAAGGAUUACAGGGAAAAAACAAAAACAUGAAAAUGUUUUAAAAGAGUGAGAGAAGGUGAGCGGAAUAUCUAAAGCGUCAAUAAAGCUAAAUAUCUAUUUUUGUACAGAUGUAACUUUAUCCCUUGGCAUAUUCUUAGAUUAUUUGAGGGUUUUGUUUUCUUUUUCUGGGGAGUGGGGAGGCUGUGUGUGUUUCUCUCUCUCUGCUUUUAUAGAAUUUGUUCUACGCCUCUUGAUUUGACCAGCCACCAACACAGCCCUGUAUGGAGGAAAGAGAAAGGGCCCUGUUGAAACGGCUCCGUCCAAAAUCUCUUCUCCCUCCCACCCCCAAUUUGGAACAAGUGGAUUUUGAUAGAAGAAAAAUUCUCUAACCCUCCCUGCACCUUGCUACUCUGGGGGGUGGGGGGUGGGAAUACAAAACAUGGCCUUUCGUUGCAACCCCUCCAACCCUCUCCCCACUCCAACAGCAUUAUUCUGCAGGUCUGCUCUACUGUGAAAUCACUACCGUGUAUUACUGUUCACUAAAAAAAUAAAAUGAGUUUUUAAAAAAAUCUGCUGGAAAUGCCAGUAUUUUGAACAAAUGUAUUCGAAAUGUUUAAGAAAAAGUAAAAGAAAAUUUAUGACCAUUUAAAAAUAUAAUACUGUUCUCUUUCUCUUUAUUCUGCAAUGGGUAUUUGUGUAGUCUCUUUGCUGUAUCACCUUCCACUGUAGUUUGCCUUUUGGUUCCUGGGCUUCUCUGAGUGCAUUUCAGUUCCAUUUCAGAAUGACAUUCCAUUUAAGAAUAGCUCUGCGUUGGGCUAGAUUGGGGUCUUUGCCAACUCUACAAUUCUAUGUAUCCACUUCUAAGAGCAUUGGAGUUUCCUGUGCAAUAUGCUACCUCCUUUUGCCAUUUGGCUCCUGGGCUGCUCGGAUCACAUUUCAGUUACAUUUUAUUGCUUUUAUAGUUCACAUUUUUCUCCAAGGAGCUCCACCUCCCAAUUUAAUCCCCACAACAACCCUGUGAGGUAGAUUAAGCAGAGAGAAACAUUGAUUAGCUCCCAAGGUCACCCGGUGAGCUUCAGGGCCAUGUGAGGGGGAUUUGAACCCUGGUCUCUCCCAGGUCCUAUUCUGGCACUCUAACUACUAGGCAACACUAUUUCCUGCCAAGGCACAACAGAGGCCCAGUGAAAUGCUUUGUGGCUGGGGCAGAAAAUACAGCAGGGUGAAAGUUCAGAAGUCCUGAAGAAGAAGCUGAGUGCCCCUUCUCCGUCUGUGGCACAGUGACCACCCUGGAACUGUCUCCUACUUCUUUUGGCAUGCUGAGGAUAGGACAGAAUGCUAUUUUAAUUUCAUCUCCUCUUCUGGUGUCAGGUUUUUGUGUUCCCCAAGCAAGAACAUUGCGACACCAUGGGUGGUAAGAAAUGCUGUUGCCAAGACUGAUGCCAUAUACUGUAUUGCAAACUGGAGCAGGGAAACCUCUGCACAUUUUUUCAUGAACAAUAUGUUUAAAAUGAACGAACAAAAACAAACAAACCUCUGCAACUAGUUAUAAGCAGUAGACAAAUGAAACAAAUACCGCGUUUCUCCAAAAAUAAGACACCGUCUUAUAUUUCUUUUUCCUAAAAAAAAUACCCACAGUGGCUUAUUUUCAGGGGGUGUCUUAUUUUUUUAUUACGCGUCCAGCCUCGCCUCUUCCUUGGGGCCCUCCAGAACUGCGCCUAUCACUAUGUCUUAUUUUCGGGGUAUGGCUUAUAUUGCGCAAAUGCUUAGAAAUCCUGCUAUGGCUUAUUUUAUGGGUAUGUCUUAUUUUAGGAGAAACAGGGUAAUAAUGUGUAGCAUUUAUAGAGGAAGUCUACCUCCCUGUCUCGUAACACUACAACUCGUGAGUGUGCAAUGAAAUUGACAGAUAAAAGAAAGCCAUUCACACAGCAAAUAGUUUAUAAUAGCCAAGAGGAGGACAAGCAAAAUGAUUGAGGGUCUGGAAACCAAGCCUUAUGAGGAAUGGUUGAAGGAGGUAGGGAUGUUUGGCCUGGAAAAGAGGAGACUGAGAUGAAAUAUGAUAGCUAUCUUCAAAUAUCUCAAGGGCUGCCACAUGGAAGAUUGAGCAAGCUUGUUUUCUCCUGCUCCAUAGACUAGGAACCAAACCCAUGGCUAAUAAUAAUAAUAAUAAUAAUAAUAAUAAUAAUAAUUUUGUUUAUACUCCGCCCACCUGACUGGGUUGCCCCAGCCACUCUGGGCGGCUUCCAACACACAUAAGAAUAAAAUAUCAAACAUUAAGUUACAAGAAAGGAGAUUCCAACAAAACAUUAGGAAGAACUUUCUGACGCUAAGAACUGACACUGGAAAGACUUUCCUUCCUUGGAUGUUUUAAAGCAGAGGUUGGAUGACUAACUGUAAUGCAUGAUAUAGUUGAGAUUCCUGCGUUGCAGGGGGUUGGACUAGAUGACCCUCCAAGGUCCUUCCCAAUGCUAUGAUUCUAUGACCCAUCAGGUCCAGCAUUCUCUUCUCAUAGUAGCUAACUGGAUACCCAUUAUGGGAAAGCCACAAGCGGGAUUAGGGCACAUGAAGAGGACAUGCUGAAUUUUUCGUUUUUCAAAUUUCCAAAGCGAUGGGUGUUAAAAGGUUGUAACAUGACUUGGAAAAUCAAAAGAGAUUUUCGUUAAAUUAAUAUAAUUUAUUUUCCCUUGGUAAAUAGGUACAGUACAUAAAAGAUAUUGACUUCUUAACCUUUUUGUGUGGAAAUUCCAAUAAUUUUAGUCUUAUUAAUAUUUUUGUG